AUGUCAUCCUUCUCUGUCAAUGCCAAACCCGGCACCGACAUCUGGCGAAAGCCCCCUCAUACAGAUGUCUGGAACGCCCCGUCCGCAACGCCGGCCGGCGCAAUCACCACGGGGCCGCUGACCAAGUUCAAGUCAGCGCAGGUGUCCUUCUCCUUGCCCGCCAAGGAGCAGUACGACCAGGGCGGCAUCCUGCUGUCCCUCCAGCGCGCCAGCUCGCCCGUCACGCCGCCGCCCAAGUGGAUCAAGAGCGGCGUCGAGUACUACAACUCGGUGCCCAAGCUCGGCACCGUCGGCUGCGACUCCUGGGCCGACUGGAGCCUGUCGCCCGUGCUGGGCGACGGCAAGUGGGUGACUGUGGCCAUCGAGAAGGGCGGGGACGAGCACGGCAUCAGCCUGUGGGUGUACCAGAUCGUCGACGGCGAGAAGAUCCCGCUGCGCGAGAUCUGCUGGGUCUUUGGCGGUAGUCCCGAGAGCUGGGAGAUCAGCGUCAGUGCCUAUGCGGCGCGGCCAAAGGGCGAGACUGAGGAGUUGGUUGUCGAGUUCAAAGACUUUGAGGUGCAGUGGAGCAGCUAG